AUGUUUCCAUCUGGACUCAGGCAGAGUAUUGCAAGACUACCAAAACGCCCCUCUCUCGCCAUCAUAGAUGACUAUCUCAACACGUCCGAAUCACACUUCGCUCAUAUACCACCAUCGAGCCUGCAAGUUACCACAUUCAAUGAUACCAUCACUCCUAUCAAUGAAGCAGAGACCACUCGUCUGGUGGAGCGACUGAAGCCCUUUGAGGCUAUCUCAACGAUGCGCGAAAGGACGGCAUUCCCAGGCUCUCUAUUGCGAAGCUUGCCUAAUUUGAAGCUUCUGCUAGCCACUGGAACGCAAUUCGAGACAUUUGAUCUCUCUGCUGCCCGAGAGCUUGGGAUUACUGUCGUUGCUGCCCCAGGUCUCGGCCGAACUGACAAGCUCGAUGAUGUUGGCUCGCGGCACAAUAUCAAGAAAGGAGGAGGUCAUCCAACCACGCAGCAUGCAUGGGCUCUCAUCAUGGCACUCUCUCGCAAUGUUGCUGCCGAUGACGCCGUUCUAAAAACCGGUACCGGAUGGCAAACUGAGCCGGCGGUAGGCUUAGCGGGACUCACUAUAGGCAUCCUUGGGCUGGGGCGACUGGGAGCUGCAGUUGCUCGGAUUGGGCAUCUUGCUUGGGACAUGAGAGUCUUGUGCUGGAGUGAAAACUUGACACAGGAAAAGGCUGAUCGCAUGGCUGUUGAGGCUGGCUUGCCACCAGAUACAUUCCAUGUAGUGAGCAAGGAGCAACUCUUCCGCAACUCCGAUGUCGUGAGCUUGCAUUACGUGCUGAGCGAUCGUUCACGGGGAAUCGUUGGUGCCAACGAGCUGCAACAGAUGAAGAGCUCUGCAAUGUUGAUCAACACAUCUCGGGGGCCACUGAUAGACCAAACUGCGCUCCUUGACUCACUGGAGCGUGGGACUAUACGUGGUGCUGCAUUGGACGUGUUUGAGAUAGAGCCUCUUCCCAUGUAUAGCCCUUGGAGGAGGACUAAUUACUGGGGUCGAGAUGGACGGUCACGUCUGAUAACCACGCCACACAUGGGAUAUAUGGAUGAAAGAUUGGUGAAUGCAUGGUAUGCUGAAACAGCUGAGAAUGUUGAUCGUUGGCUUGAAGGACAAGAAGUUUUGCACCGUAUUGCUUAA